GCGGGCGAGGGCCGCGUUCGGGCGCGCUUGGCGCGGCGCUGGCAGGGGCAGAGGCACUGAUGUGACUUCUGGGUCUGUUCCCUGCGAGCGGACACAACCGUGACGGCUCACCUCCUCCUCCCUCCUCCCCUCCUCCCGGCACACACACACGCACACACACGCGCGCGCUUACAGAACCGAAAAAAAAAAAAAAAAAAAAAAAAAAAAAAAAAAAAAAAAAAAAAAAAAAGCCACCCUUCCUUUCACAAUUUUUUUAUCCCUCAGAUCCCCGCACCGCGCUGUGCUGCAGCCGCCGCCACCGCCGCCAGCGCCGAGCCCCGGGAGCUGAUGGAGCAAUGGUUCAAACCACCUGAAGCUGUGAGGGCGAGAAAGAGAGAGGAAAGUGGGGAGGACGAAGGGGAGGAAGGAGAGACGGAGAGAGGGCAAAGAGAGAGAGGCGCUGAGAGCCCAGAGGCAGCAGGAAGGGUGCAGGCACUGCCGCUGAGAGGAGAUCGAGAGACAGGGGGUGCACUUGACAACCAGCAUGCAGAGAUGUCAGAAGAGGCAGAAGUGGAUGUGAGAGACAGACACACACAGAGACACAGAGAGCGAAAGAGGGCAAGAGACUUGACUUUAAGAGACUCCUGCACUGACAACUCCAUGCAGUUCGGAACAAGAACGGCAGCGACCGACUCUGGUUUCAUGGGGACAUGGCAGAACACUGACACUAAUCUCCUGUUCAGAAUGUCCCAACAGGCCAUCCGCUGUACACUGGUAAAUUGCACAUGUGAAUGUUUUCAGCCAGGGAAGAUUAACCUGAGAACCUGUGAUCAGUGUAAACAUGGCUGGGUGGCACAUGCUUUGGACAAGCUUAGUACUCAACACCUCUACCACCCAACCCAAGUGGAGAUUGUGCAGUCCAACGUUGUGUUUGACAUCAGCAGCUUGAUGCUCUAUGGUACCCAGGCUGUGCCUGUGAGACUGAAGAUACUACUUGAUCGACUCUUCAGCGUACUGAAGCAAGAGGAGGUGUUGCAUAUUCUACAUGGCUUAGGCUGGACACUUCGAGACUAUGUUCGAGGCUACAUCCUUCAGGAUGCUGCAGGCAAGGUGCUGGACCGCUGGGCCAUCAUGUCCAGGGAAGAAGAGAUCAUUACCCUUCAGCAGUUCUUGAGAUUUGGAGAAACCAAAUCCAUUGUGGAGCUGAUGGCAAUUCAAGAAAAAGAAGGGCAGGCUGUGGCUGUGCCAUCUUCAAAGACAGAUUCAGAUAUAAGGACUUUUAUUGAAAGCAAUAAUCGCACCAGGAGCCCAAGUCUCCUUGCUCACCUGGAGAACAGCAACCCUUCCAGCAUUCAUCAUUUUGAAAACAUCCCGAAUAGCCUUGCAUUCCUGCUUCCAUUCCAAUACAUAAAUCCAGUCUCUGCUCCACUGCUGGGGCUGCCUCCAAAUGGCCUCCUGCUGGAACAGCCAGCAAUGAGGCUCCGUGAACCAAGCCUUACAACCCAAAAUGAAUAUAAUGAGAGCAGUGAAUCUGAAGUUUCCCCUACACCUUUCAAGAAUGAGCAAACAUCCAGCAGGAAUGCUUUGACCAGCAUCACAAAUGUUGAACCCAAAACUGAGCCAGCCUGUGUCUCUCCUGUUCAGACACCUACACCUGUCAAUGAUUUAUCAAAACCAGAACAUACUAAAAGCUCAUUCCGCAUUCACAGAAUGAGGAGAAUGGGAUCUGCCUCCAGAAAAGGAAGAGUGUUUUGUAAUGCAUGUGGCAAAACUUUCUAUGACAAAGGUACUCUUAAAAUCCACUACAAUGCAGUUCACCUGAAAAUCAAGCACCGGUGCACUAUUGAAGGCUGCAACAUGGUCUUCAGCUCUCUCCGAAGCCGCAAUCGUCACAGUGCUAACCCCAACCCCCGCCUCCACAUGCCUAUGCUAAGGAAUAAUCGAGACAAAGACCUAAUUCGUGCUACAUCAGGUGCUGCCACUCCAGUCAUAGCAAGUACAAAAUCCAACCUAACUUUAACAAGCCCAGGGCGUCCACCGAUGGGAUUUACCACUCCCCCUCUAGAUCCUGUACUACAGAAUCCUCUUCCCAGCCAGCUGGUGUUUCCAGCUUUAAAGACUGUCCAACCUGUUCCUCCUUUUUACAGAAAUUUACUUACUCCUGGAGAGAUGGUGAGUCCUCCAACCUCCCUCCCUACCAGUCCAAUAAUACCAGCAUCAAGUGGCAUGGAGCAGCAUCCCCCUCCUCCUUCAGAGUCAUCGGUUCCAUCAGUGCUGAUGCCCACUCCGGAGCCUAAUACUGAUCUUGCCCCCAAGAAAAAGCCAAGGAAGUCGAGCAUGCCAGUUAAAAUAGAAAAGGAAGUUAUUGAUACUGCCGAUGAGUUUGAUGAUGAAGAUGAAGAGGUGAAUGACAGCAGUACAAUGGUGAAUGACAUUGGUCAUGACAAUCACUGCCAUUCUCAGGAAGAAAUGAGCCCAGGCCUGUCAGUGAAGGACUUUUCUAAAACUGACAGAAGCAGAUGUAUUACCAGACCAGAUAUAAGAAGGGCAGACAGCAUGACAUCAGAAGAUCAGGAGCAUGAGAGAGACUAUGAAAAUGAGUCAGAAUCAUCAGAGCCCAAAUUGUGUGAGGAAUCCAUGGAAGGCGAUGAUCGCCUCCAUGAACCUGGUGAAAAAUCUAUGAUGCAUAGUGACAGACAAGAUGAAAACCACAAUGACUCUUCUAACCAGGAUGUCAUUAAGGUGAAGGAAGAGUAUACAGACCCUACAUAUGAUAUGUUCUACAUGAGCCAAUAUGGACUGUACAAUGGAGGCAGUGCCAGUAUGGCUGCCCUUCAUGAAAGUUUUGCUUCCACAUUCAACUAUAGCAGCCCUCAGAAGUUCUCCCCAGAAGGUGAAAUGUGCUCAAGCCCUGACCCCAAGAUCUGCUACGUGUGCAAGAAGAGUUUCAAGAGUUCCUACAGUGUGAAACUUCACUACAGAAAUGUGCAUUUAAAAGAGAUGCAUGUCUGCACGGUGGCUGGCUGUAACGCUGCGUUCCCGUCACGGAGAAGCAGAGACAGACACAGUGCUAAUAUAAACCUGCACCGUAAACUGUUGACCAAAGAACUGGAUGACAUGGGCCUGGACUCCUCACAGCCUUCUCUUAGUAAGGACCUCCGUGAUGAAUUUUUGGUGAAGAUAUAUGGCUCUCAGCAUCAGAUGGGGCUUGACAUAAGGGAAGACACCUCCUCACCUGCUGGUACUGAGGAUUCCCAUAUGAAUGGGUAUGGCAGGGUCAUGUCGGAAGACUAUAUGGUCCUAGACCUGAGCACCACCUCCAGCAUCCAGUCCAGCAGCAGUAUCCAUUCCUCAAGAGAAUCUGAUGCAGGAAGUGAUGAGGGCAUUCUCCUGGAUGACGUCGAUGGGGCAAGUGACAGCGGGGAGUCUGCCCACAAAGCAGAUGCCCCUGCCUUAGCUGUAGGUAUGGGCACUGAUGUCCCAGGAUCCCUCAUGUUCAACAGUGUUUCGGUGAGCAACGGUGGGAUAAUGUGUAACAUUUGCCACAAAAUGUACAGCAACAAGGGAACCCUCAGAGUGCACUAUAAAACAGUGCACUUGCGAGAGAUGCACAAAUGCAAAGUACCUGGGUGCAACAUGAUGUUCUCCUCUGUCCGUAGCCGAAACCGGCACAGUCAGAAUCCCAACUUGCAUAAAAACAUUCCGUUCACUUCAGUAGAUUAGUUCAAGGAUGGACACGGCAUAAUGCCAGCUCUCAGAGAGGGCCCACCACAUUUGAACUGCCAUAUACAGCCUCCCUUGAUAUAUAUAUAUAUAUAUAUAUAUAAAUAUACAUAUAUAUAUAAUCUUUUCUUUUCUUUUCUAACAAAAGAAAGAAACACCAGGUGCUUUUUUUCCCUCUGUUGGUUGUUGGUUUAUUUUUUUUUCCUUUUGGGGGGGGAUAGAAAUAAAAAUGUGGGAUCUUUAAUCUGGGGUGAAAUACCCUUUAAGAAAAAAGCAAAGCAAGCAAACAAACAAACAAACAAACAAAAAACACAGAGAAAGCCUGCAAUUGUCCCUAGUUCUGUUAGAAUGUUCUUGGUCAUCUCCAAAGAGACAAUUUGUUCUACCCAUGAGCUUCACCUGAAAAAAAAAAAAAAAAAAAAAAAAAAAAGAACAAAACAAACAAACAAAAAAAAAGCAAAGGAAAAAAAAAAGAAAAAAAAAUCUACUUAGUUGUCUUUGUGUCUUCUAAGCAUUGGGGAUAAUGUUCUACUAAGCAUGGCUGUUACACUUGUAUAUAUAUAUUGAGCCUUGACAGGCCUAUGAUGUAAAACAAUUGUAUUGAUGGUGGUUUAACUCUUUUUUUUUUUUUGCUUAAUUUUUACAGUUACAUUCAGCUGUUAGAUAAGCAGGAAAAAUAGUUUGCUGGCUAGUUCUACUCAUUUAUGUUAGCUUUAAUGCACAUUUUUAAAAGAACCACGGUCUUGUUUUAACUACCUGCUAGAUAUAAGUAAUACAGAGGUGCUGGCAUGCUUUACAGUACCUGAUCUGAUACAGUUUUUUUUGUCUUGUACUAUUACAUAAAUCCAGUCAUGCACUUUUUAGUACACUACAAGGGGAUGUGUAAUAAUAUCCAUGCUUUUUUUUUCCUUAAACUAUUGCCAUAUUUUCAGUAAGUGUCUUUAAAAAAAUACACUUAGAUAAAAGUGGUCUGGUCAGUAUGAGGGCAUGAAUGCCAAACAAAGAGUAUUAGUGUUUAGUGUUAAUACAAAAGUGCCAACUUUGCACACGUUUUAAAAAAAAAAAAAAAAAAAAAUGGAAAAAAAAAGAAAAUGUAGUUACUUAUCCACCACAACCACAAUUGUAGUUUUUGGACUACAGGAAAAAUUACUGGGGAAGGAAAAGGUGUAAAGUGAAAUACAGAAUUCUUGGUGCUUUUUUCAAGUGCCAACUAUUACUAGAAACAAUAGAGCAUCCUCAUUCCUUAUAUAAUACACUACAUGAAAGAAAAAACAGAAUUGUGUCAUGUGAAUCAGUGGAAACUUUUUUUUUGUUGAACAUGCAUAAUAUUUGGGGAUAUAAAUGCUGAUACUACUUGUCACAGAACAAAGAUGAAUAUAAUUUUGUGUGCUUCUUACUAUGGCCUGGAUUCUUUGUGGUGUUUAAAAAAAAAAAAAAAAAAAAAAAAAAAAAAGAACAGGGAAAUAAUGUUGACUAUGUUGUUCUGUAAAGUUGUCUUUUUUUUUUUUUUUUUUUUUUUUUCCAAUAGAAAGUGCUGUAGUAUGAUUAAGGCAUGUUUUAUAGAAGCAAUCAAAAGAAAUUAGUGACAGAAGCACUUAGCUCUGAAAACAUAUGCUGGACUUUUAUUGAGUAACUUUCCCUUUGGACAAAUUAGAGGCCAGAGAAAGGAUCUCUAGGUGUGUUAAUGUUUUCUGUUUCACCCACAUGGUUUGUCAGAAAAGAACUAAAGUCUGAGGAAUAGAGCAUGCAAGAGAGACACCAUGGGCAGGAGCAGGAGAAGGAGCUGUCAAUUGAGAAAGGCAGAAAGAAUGAGAGGCUGUCCUGUGAAUCUCUUUUUGUUUCCGGUGUUUACACAUGUUCCUUGAGCUGGUAAACCACACUGGCAGCCUGAGUUACCACAACAUACUGACUGAGUGGUGGUAUUUACUUAAGUUCAGCCUACAGCCAAAACCAUUAGGGUAUGUAGAGUUGUAGACUCUUUUCUUUACAAAAAAAAAAAAAAAAAAAAAAAAAAAAGCAAAAACAACAAAAAGGAUAUUUCAGCAUACAAUAAAAUAUUUGUUCAUUGAGAAUGUGUUCCUUUUCUGUAUUUACUGACCCAGAAUAUUAGCCAAGAGUCAGAAAUGUUUCUUUUGCUUUAGCUUCAGCUGUUUUGAUUUGCUGUGCAUUUCGAUCAUUCUUACCUUUAUGUCCACUUGAGUACUUACACUUUCUAGAGGAACUUCUCAAUAUGGAUUUCCUCUUUUUUCACUCUUUAUGCAUUUCAGUAGUCAUGUUUCCAAAAGUAGGAAUCAAUAGCUAAUAAAUCAGUACUUCCAGCUGUAGAAAAAAAGAGAAUUUUUUUUCUAAAUGAUUUCUCACUAUGGUUCUGUGGGUUACAAGCCUCUGAUCAUUUUUUGAUUCUGUGCACUGAUGAAACCCCAAAAAAUUUUGUGGAUCCCACAGAAAACAUAAGGGAUUUUUACCUUCUGGUUUAACAAACAAACAAACAAAAAGUUUAUAGCAAAAGCUAACCAGUUUCACAGUGUCUUUCUUUCAACUUUUUUUUUUUUUCCUCAAAGUCUCUACUACUUUGCCUUGUUAAAUUGCGUAGAGUGAUGUGCUUUGCUUUGUUUUAUGUUGUGCAAACUCAGUGUGUUAGUGACAGAGGGAAAUUAGAACAGUAAAGGUGGAUUCUUCUCAAACACGUGGACCUUUGUAGUGUUACCUGUACUGCACUCCCAUCCCUCUACAAAUCAUGCUACUUCGAACCAAGCAAGACAUAAAGUCUAAAACCAACAAAACAAAAAUUGAAUAUCUACAGAAGAAAAAAAAAAAAAGAAAAGAAAGAAAGAAAGAAAGAAAGAAAGAAAGAAAGAAAGAAAGAAAGAAAGAAAGAACAGAAUAAAACAAAACUAAAACACUGUUUUGAACUAUGUAUGAUAUAAAUAAAUAUUGUUUUUAAUGAAAAACACAUUUGAGGUAUAUAAAUAAUUCUUCACUGAAUGAAUCACUGUUCUGCAUUCUUAUUUCACUCUGUUUCUGUUAGAGGUCAAAUGGUUUUGGUAAACUUGUUUGGAAACUUAAACAUCAUCAGUAGAUAAAUUCAGCAUAUGAAUUACAUAGGAAAAAUCUGUUUAUUACACAAAAUGAAACAGGACUUCAUAAAAAGCGAAGGAGCAGGAACAAACCUCCAAAAACUGUUACAAAAUCCACAAUCCUACUCUUAUGGCAUCCUAAAUUUCAUUCAGAUUGUGCUUAAGCCCUGUAGAAGAUACGAUCUCCAUGUAAGAGAACUUCGUGAUGGACAGACUAUUGCUCACUGUUAUCUUUAGGUGAAUCAAGUGCUUUUACUGUGCUAGUGAUACUAAAGUCAGAACAGUCUAGGUUUUAGGAGGGCACACAAACUUCCAUUGAAUUGAAUGGUAUUUCCCUCCUUCCUAUUUACCAAGCAUCUCUAUGAGGAUCUGUGUUUAUCAGAAACGUUCCUAUGAUAGAAUUGGUAUUACUUGCAAUUUUCUGAACAAUGUUAAAAAAGGCCAGAUGGUAGAAUUUUGGUUUUACUGACAAAAUUAACACAACUGCUAGCAUUUCUAGGUGAUCUCAGCAGAGAUGCACACUGUAAUCACUAUAAAGACUGAACCUCUUAUUUGUCCAGCACAGGGCAUAAUGGCGUGAUGACAAGACAAGUGUGCUGCUGCUUAUGCCAUCAUAACCUGUGGCUAUUCUCUCAGUUUUCAAGACUGUCAGUCUAACCGUUUUUACAAGAAUUAGGCUGAAUUUGAGGAAGGGGAGUCAUACAGAGGCUCUUCAUCUUACAUGGAAAUUAGUUCCUUGUUGUUUAGUUCCUAUAGUUAUUGCAGGCAUGCUUUCCACAGUGUUUUACCAUUUUGUUCAUGCAAAGUAGUUGCAUAUUUCUGUAAAUCUCAAACAGGCUUUGUCCACUUUUUUGUGGACAAAUAUCUCUGCAUGCUGAAUCUCCUUUAGAAACAGAAUUACUUCUCUUGAGAUGUUUAUGCAUUUUUCUUGCUUAUGGAGAGCACUCUUUUUUUUUCUUUCUUUUUUUUUUCAGGGAAGCAUGCAAUACCAGUUAAUCAUUACAUAUCUUUUGAAAGACUGUGUGGAAAAAAUUGGAAGGAAAACAGCACAGUCAAAUCACAUGAAUUGGAACCAGGAACUGAGCAUUAAUACCACUGGUGGCCUCAUGUCACUGCUUAGUUUUUGGCAGAUCACAUCACUCACCUGUUUAUGUUUCACUCCAUUAAAACAUGGCUAAUACUAAUAUGCUCUUAGUGCAUAUGGGUGUUUCUGUGAGGAUUAAUUAUUUAGUGCUCGUACAGAGCUAAUUUAUAUUUUAAAUAUUUCUGCACAUCUUACACUAUUUAGCCAGUUUUUCUAAGUUGUAUCUUAAACAGCUACAUUUUGUUACAGCUGAGAUUUUAACUUGGCCUCUUAAACUGUAACUGGCUCCAUGGUGACACUGUAGUAAUGCACACAAAGUAUAAGCACUCUGUCACUGAGUCACAAUUGAACUUGAUAAAAUGUGGAAGGUAGAUUUAAAAGCCUGUAAGCACUUACACAAUGCUCUGAAAGAUCUCUCAAAGGCUUUUCAUGACUAAGCUCAUAAAAUUUGUUUCUCAGAUACUUCUCACAGCAGAAAUUGUGCACCAUAUUUUGCUGUGAGUAAACUUCAUUAUAUUUCCUUCCUUCCUUCCUUCCUUCCUUCCUUCCUUCCUUCCUUCCUUCCUUCCUUCCUUCCUUCCUUCCUUCCUUCCUUCCUUCCUUCCUUCCUUCCUUCCUUCCUUCCUUCCUUCCUUCCUUCCAUUCUUCUACCAUUGUGGAAAUGAAAGUGUACUUUCUCUGCCUAUUCCAAAAGUUUAUAAUUUACCAUCAACUAUGUGUUUUCUUUUCCAUCCACAAAUCAGGAACCGUUUAGGAAGAAGCGUCAACAGGUACUGAACAGUAAAGCAGAUGCCACGGGAGGUCAGUACCUCUGUAGAUCCAGUCCAAUAUAGCAAAUAGAAAGUGAGACUUCAUACCCUUGAGGUAUAUGCUUGAGUUUUCCCUGAUUUUUAUUCUUCUCAGUUAACGCAAUUAAGGAUUCAGCAUAGUUAACUACAUGGGCAAAGAGCUGCGUAACUAUCUGGAAAACCCAGAAACAUAAUGAUACAGGGUUUGUUUUGUUCCAAAGAUAGGAACCACUUACAAGAACAAGCUUUAGGUCCAGGAUAUUCUCUUUCAAUGAGUUUGGUAUUUUAAAAUCAAAUUAUAUGGUUUGGAUCUGCUUUUUGAUAGGAUUGUUAGAAAUCUCAGCCACUGUCAGAAAACAGGGCUUCUUUUCAGAUAUACAUUUUUACCCAAAUUCUGCAGGACAUUUUCACAGCAUCAUUGAUGGCUGAGGAAGGAAUAAGGGAGGGAAAGUGUUUGAUCUAGAUGUGCACACAUGCUCCUCUAAAUAUUAUGUGCCAGUUAUGUGAACAGGAAUAUUAGCACUUCUUCUGUCCUGGGAAUGUUUUUGUCACUUUUCUCUUUGGGUUGUAUUAACAGAAUUGUUCUUUUCUUAUUUCAAAAAAGCAGCAAAGGUAUCUGUAGUAAGGGUAAGGAGGCAGCAGGAGUUCUCUGCGAGGAGAAGGUGAGUGGCAGACACAUGAUGGCAGCUGGUAGAUGUCAGUUCCUUCUUUUUCUUUUUCUUUUUUUUUUUUUUAAACUUAUGUCACUACUUUGCUGCUAUAGUAACUCAACAAAACAGUGACUCUAGUGCUACUUUGUGAGAUAAGCAUCAGCAUAUCCUGCCGUCGCCACAUGAUGAGUUGCGCUUUUUCCCCCUUCUGUACGGACAUAAAAGGAACUCUUUUCCAUACCCAUUUUUUCUUUAUGAACAGAGCAACAUGAUACAAUGGACUGAACCUUUCACCCACACAUUUGCCCAAGUACGUGUCUGUUCUAGUCCCACAGUUUCUGUCUCUUCUUGCCAAGCAGCAUUAUCACUGUCUUUAAAAUGGCUGGCAACAAAAGGAAGCAGCAACUUUUUUAUGUGAGUAAGAUAUCUUGAGUCUGUAGUAGUCUUUAUGUGGCUUGUUUUCCCUAGUCAAGCCAUGAUCUUAAAUAGCAACUUAAAUGACAGCUUUGAUUUUGAUAUUGAUCAUGUAUAUCCCAAUACUGUUGCUGUUACGGCAUUGUUGGCACUGGCACUGAAAGGAAAACUGUUCUUAGCCGCAAAAGGGUUAAAAAAAUGGACAUGUUUUUGACAAGUCCUCUGACUUUUGCCAGUAUUAUUGUUCAUUAUGAUGACACUGUAUUAUUUUUUUUUUUUUAAUAACAGCUGUAGUUGUCAUAAAACUAUUUUCCGAUUCCUCUCCUUUAAAGUGUGGUGUUGUAAAUUCAUGUGACCUUUCCUGCAAAGAAUAAAUAUUUCUUUUUUAUAUAAGAUCUCAAGACAAGGCUUGGUUUGUAACAAAUAGUGGCCCAUUACAAAGCAGGAAAAAAAAAAAAAAAAAAAAAAAAAAAAAAAAAAAAAAAAAAAAAAAGAACUGAGCUGAGCAUCAAGAAGCUUCAGUUCAAUUUCACCUCAUAUCUUUCUAAUAACUUACUUGUCACUUUAUUACCUUCCAGUAAUGUGAAUGCUGCUGACAAGACUGUCACACUAACAGCAGACAACACCCUCUCAUGCUUAGCCCCAGCUCUCCUGGCUACUUAUUGCACUGGCCCUGAAGGGACACAAACUAAUAGUGUGCUUUCAAGUUCAGCACUUGGCCAUCAAAUAUAAAAGGAUGCGUAAUUGCCUGUUUAUCCCCUGUGAAGUGGAAAUUGAGUAUAAGAACCAGGCUUUCCCUCCCUGUUCCUUGACACACACACACACACACACACACACGCACACACAUCUGCAAUGAGUGAAGGGAAGUCCCAUCUGGAGCUCUUCGAUUUGUCUUUGGGAAGCCCAAGGCUGCCACUGGCUGCUCUAUCGAGCUAUCAGACAGACAGUAACAAGAUGGCUUCUUAACAAAAGGUCAGCUGAGAAAUGCUGUCUGUGACGGCACUUUUGUCUGCUUAUGUAGCAACUAAUUGCUUUGUAUUGGCAUAAGCCAUACUGUGCCUGCUAGAAAUAGAUGUGCAGACUUGCUGCAGGACUGACUGUGCAGGUUCAGUGGCAAAGAAGAUGUGUAAUCUUUUCUUUUUCUGAUUUAGCCCAUCCUGUGGCAAAUUUCAGAGCAAAACCAUCCCCUCAGAUUCUAACAGUGAAUGCCAAUUCCGAAUAUCCUUCCUGCUGUCAUAGGAACAUCUCCUGCUGAGGUCAGCGUGAACCUCUGUAAAGUGUUAGGGAAGUGUAUCUGAGACACUAUCUACUGCCCUCAUACAAGGAGGAAUUUGCUCCUCCCUGAUUUAUCUCUUCAUUAACAAGAACACUGCCAAAAGUACAGACUCCAGAAUUGCCUUUCAGAUGAGGCAGUCAGGAGAGGAAGAGUUUGAAAGGGGAGGUAGCUUGGGCACAAGCACCAUGUUCUGAGAAGUUACAAGUGCGUGGAAGGCCAGAUUACCUGGCAUCAAGCAUCCCCCUUCAUUUGUACAGUACGUUGUUUAAUCAGAACUGAUUGACUGACUGCUGAAUAGUCAUUGGAAAUUCAAGUAGCCAGAGAAGUAAGGGAAACAUGCUUUCCUUGCCAGGUUGGCAGGAUUUCUAUGCUAGGUUCAUAACAUAAGAUCCCAUUUGUGCCAAUGAGUGCUGCACAUUGUGUGUUGAACUGGUAUUGUCAAUGAGAUACGUAAAAAUACAAAGACGUAUUUCAGACAAAUCCCAAGACUGGAAGACCUAAACACAGCCUUUCUGGGGUUCAUUAUUUUUCACAUCCUUGGAUUAUUCACCAGAUUAGUGGACAGCAGCUCCUUUUUGCUUGCUUUGGAUGCUUAAUCUGUUUCCAGUUCUGUAUGGUAAUUACUCGAUAUCUGCUGCAACAGAAGUGAUGGUGCCCACUAUAAAAAAUAGAGGGCCUUUUACCAGUCAGACAAAGGUCAUUGAUCUUUUCCCUCCUUUUCUUUCCACAUGCAUCAGAAGCUACAAAGGGUGAAACCAGCAAUUUCCUGUGGCUAGGUGGCAGGAAGGAAUGUUUUUUGUAUGUCAGAGGUGAAAAGGCUGAGCCCAAAUUUUGCUCUCCCAUCAACUCCAUGAGCACAUGGUAUGGACCAAAGCAGGAGCAGUUGGAUUAGCUGAUCUGCAACAAUGAGCUGGGCAGGCCUAGCAGCCUUUCUGCAACAUUUCUGAGGCUGUUUGUGGAAACCAGGACUUUCUGAUCCAAUAAACCAUUUGGGUCCUUGUUCUUGUGUGUGUGUGUGUGUGCGUGUGAGGGUAUGUGACAGACAUACAGACAGAGAAAGAGGGUGAAGAAGACAUAAUGACAGUAAAAUGAAGAUUAUAAAUUGGAAAAAUUAUAUAAUUUUAAUCACAUUUACCUGUAUGUAUAUUUUCUCUCAAGUGCUUAAUAACACGAGAAGCUUGACUGAGCAAAUGUCAAAUCUGCAGAGAGGUUUGUUCAGAUGCUCUAUGGACUUCGCAUGCCACUCUCUUCAAACCUUUGGAGAAAAAAUAUUUUAGGAAAAUGGAGGAAAGCAUCCAGGGCAAUUAUAUUUCUAGAGAAGAAAGAGAGAGCGAGACUAGCUAAGUGAUGUAUAAAGAUUUUAUAAGGCCUCCGUUGUCAAACAAAGGGUUGGGAAUGAUCAGAGGAUAAUGUGCAGUUAGGAUGGCAAACUCAUCAAUAGUUUAUCAUAACCUGUCCGCUCCUGUUACGGAACGCACGAGACUGUGAACCGCAGCUCCAGGGGAGCGGUGGCACUGGUGCAGGCGCGCGUGUCCACGUCCGAGCCAGGGAGCAGCACGCAGCACCUGCCCAUCUGGCAGCCAGGGGUGUUGGCAGGCCGCCUGAGGCCCCUGCAGCCCCCUGGCCCCACACUGUGCCAGUGGGACAGGGCGCGUCCCCCCAACUCAGCAGUGAAACGGCACCGCAGCCAUGGGAAUUGGGAUCCCAGCCCCGCUCUUCCUGGUUAGCCUGACGACCUACGGAGCAAAGAGGGGCGCUUCAGCUUGUACAGAUUAAGGCUGAGUUGUUUGUUAUUUUUCAGACCAUAUUUUUUACAUUUGGAUUUUUGUAAUUGUCUUUAUUUUUUACAAACUCUUGUACAAUCUUCAGUUGUUGUCUUAGUUUUUGCAUUUUCUUCACAUGUCCCCACCCAUUUUCUUCUCCUUCCAAGAGAAUCUGUCAUAAAAAUUCUCUCAGAAAAGUAACACAUCCUCCUGAUGUUCUCCAUUUUGGAAAGUCUUAUGCAUUCCAUCUGUGAAAAUGGUCACCGUUUGUAAAGUGACAAGAUGAAUAAAAUGGCCACUGUUGUGUGUGUGUGUCUCAUUUAGCUAUUUAUAAAUAUGAAAUUCAGCAUGCUGCUUUUUCUUGUGCAAACUUUGGUUCCUAUGUCAUAUGGAGCUACUUUCCAUAAUGUGGCUGUUUCUUGACGGGCAGCAUUUGUGUUCUGGGUUCAUGCCUCCCGCCUCUCCUCCAGUCUAUAAGAAGGGCUCUGUGUCCUAAUGGGAUGUAUGUGAAACAGGUGUGCAAACAAGCUGACCUGAACCCUGAAAACAUUCAAAAUUUAUCCUGGCUGAAGCUUCACACACUUCUCCUUACACACAAACAGGUCACCGUAACCUGUUUGUACCUAAGAAUAUCUCAUUGUAGGGGCUUGCACCCAUGGCCAAAUGGGUUUGGAGUUUCCUUGCUUUGAUGAAGGCUCUUGCUCACUGGCAAAGCUGUUGUUUUAGCAGCAUUGGCUGAGAAGGUCAUACGGGCCAAGCAACAUAACAUUUUCCCAUGUAGUCAUCUGCUGCACUUCAGUUUGGGUGACCUGCAGAGAUCAGGCUCUGACUGGGGGGCUCAUGUGGAGAUGUAAGCUGAGAUAAACUGGAUUUGAAUCCUCACGCAUUCAGGGGCCCAUUGUGGGCUGGCAGUGGAUUCAGUCACAGAGACAAAAACCCUGGAAACCCCUUUCUUGGUGGGCAUGGGAGGGUUCCCACAGCGCAAUGGUACAGCAUCUCCUGCUGCUCUCAGUGCCAUGCCAGCAGCAGCAGGGGAUGCAGCAGGAGGGUGGCAAGCUCACCGCUGUCUUGCCAAGCUAAGCUUGUUCCAGCAGGCUUUAUCAAAGCAUGUCACUGGAGUACCUGGGCACAGGGAAGUGGGAGUUGGGGCCCAGUGGACACUUUUGCAAAGGUCUGUCUCUAUUCAAGAUAGGUGAGGCUUUUCAUUUCCACUGUUUGUUCUCAACAUGAGCAAAACGUGAAUGCUCUGCUGUCCAGCCUGCAGAACCAAAGCAUGCACUAUGGAAUAUAGCUGUACAAGGGGAUAUGAAAAACUGCAUCAUGUUGAUCAAAUAAUUGUAACAUUGGUAGCUUCAUAAAUACUGUACGUACUCUAAACAAGUUUUUUCCAUUAGUAAUCUGAGGGAAUUGAAAGUCCUGUUUUUAAUUUGACUUUUCUUUUCUUGUAUUUUCUGUACUGUUACUGUCCUACAGUAUGUCUUUUGCAUAAAAUGCAUAAGGUUUUGGGGAUAUAAAUGGAGUUUUACUCAUACUUUGUCCAAAUACCUCUUGUAAUUUGUAUCAAAAUUCUUGUACAAUUUUUAUAUUAAAGAUUUAUCAGUCACUGA